AUUAUUGUUAUUGUUUACACUCUCCGCCAUCAUUUGCUAGUCUAAUAUGGUAUCAGUUGUUCAUGGGAAAGAUGGAUAAAGAGGAUGCCGGUAGGCAAACUGUCUGCCGAUUUUGUCUCAAUCACAGUCAAAGUAUGUGGCUUUUGGAGACGGUAUAUAACAAAGAGAAAGCCUUCCUGGAGAAGGUCUACGAAUGUACUCAGAUUAACAUUAUAAAUUUGAGCGAGUUGCGUACUUGGGUGUGCGAUAGCUGUGUCCAAAACAUUGAGAGAUUUUAUACAUUUCGUGAUAUGCUUCAACGAAACGUAACAGACUUCAACGAACGCUUUCUGAAAGAGCAAAAAGAAACGCAAAACCAAAUGACCGAACAUGACAAUCAUCUAAUAGAGAUGAGGUUUGACGAUUUCAGCGACAACGAAGACUGCUAUGAAUUGGCAUGUCCGGACAUUGAGAACAAUUCUGUCAGUUCUGGAACUUCAUAUGAAAAUGAAUGGAACAAUAACAAGUGGUUAAUUGAGCGUAACAUACAAGCUAACGAAAUCUCUGAAGAAUUGGAAACUAAAAUAGAAGUUGCUGAUACUGUUAUACAAGAGAAUAUAGAACGUUUGUUGAAGUUUGAGAAUGAAGUUAUGUUCAUAAAAUGUGAAGAUUGUCAUCAUAAGUUCCCGCCAAAUGCGAAGUCAAGCAAUGAAGAAACGAUCGAGCAUCACACGUGUGUAUUAGAUAAUAACAAUUGUAGAAAAUUUUGAUGAAACCUGCUAAAUAAAAUAUACAUUCGUUGCUUUACUCGUCGAUAG